AUGCACAGCGCAACUGCCGCUAUUGCUGCUUUGGGAGUGUCGCCUCUUGUUCGUCUUCGAAUGACUCACGCGGAUUUGAUCAAACGAGCAUUGGAUGCUGGUGCACACGGCAUCGUUGUACCUCAGAUCAAUACGGCCGAAGAAGCCAGGACAGUUGUCUCUCAUUCAAAAUUCCCUCCACAAGGACUUCGAGGACAAGGCUCAGCGUUUCCAGCCAUCGCUCAUGGCACCGACAUCCCGACAUACCUGAAAACAGCGAACGAAACGCUCAUCACCUGUGUUCAAAUUGAAUCGAAAGCUGGGGUCGAGAAUGUUGACGCUAUCUGUGCUGUACCUGGUGUCGAUAUGAUUUUCAUUGGGCCGAAUGAUCUUGCCCUAUCGAUCCUUGGCUAUCUUCCUGCAAAAGAAACCGAGCCUGAAUUUGUCGACGCCAUAGAAAAGAUUGUGACAGCAGCCAGGAAGCAUGGGAAAUGGGUUGGUCGAUUAUCAAACAACGGGGCGUUGUGCAAGGAGCAUCUGAAAGUGUUUGAUACUGUGGCGAUGAGUUACGAUAUUCGGGCAAUUCAAAACUGGUAUACAACUGAAUUGCAAGUUGCGCGCUCGUGA